UUUCCAGGAUUGUUUAAGGCUAGUUUUAAAAACUGCCAUCCGGAGGAAAACUUUCAGUACCUCUGGAAAGCAAGAUGACCCAAACUCUGCCUCUGUUGCUGUUGGCCGUGCUGAACUCUCUGAGCUGCCACAGUGAGGUGAGGGCCAGGGACCCUGACGUGGAGGAAGAAGAGACUGUGGGGACUAGAGGAAGGGCACAGCAAAUUUCUGGCACCUUUGGGACAGCUCACCUACCCUUGCCACAUGAACAUCACGGCAUCCCGAAGCCUUCAGAGGGCAAACCUCAAAACUCAGCACCCCCCUCAAGAGAGACUGUACAUCCAUCUGCACAGAGAGGAAACUGGUGUGCGUAUGUAAAUCACCGUAUGGUCACCACAGCUGUACUCUGCGCUACGAAGACUCAGACUGUGAAAUCUGUGAACCCCUGUUCUGAUGGAGCUCCUGACUGUCAACUCAUCAUGUAUAGGCAGUCCUCACCGCCUGUAUACAAGCAGAAGCAGAUAGCACUCUCUUCUAUGCACUGGAUGUGUUGCCCAGGAUAUGGAGGACACAACUGCUUGGAAAAAGACAGACCUCCAGAGGAUGAGACGCAUGCUUUAAAGUCUGAUAGUAAUGACAAUGGCAGCUCAGGCAAGUCUGUUGUUUUGGGAGGUAAAAUGGGGACUGGCCAAUUGGACGAUGCAAAAUGGGCUGACAAACCCAUGCAGGAGGCUCCUAAUCAUGGUUAUUCACCAAACCAGAGUACUGUUGGUGCCAGAGAAGGGAUCCCUACCUCUCAGCCUUUGCCAUUCCUUGAUUCAUCCAUUCUGCUGUCGAUGCAUCAGUUAAUGUCAACUAUGAUGAGUCAGCUUCAACCAGUGCUGGAAAGCUUCAAUCAAACUCUGACACAUCUGUCCAGUGAGGUGGAAGCAUUGUCUCAGGACUUGCAGCAGUUGCGGAUGGAACAGGAAGAACACAGGCCCAUGACCAGAGGCGAAGAUCAUAGCGGACCUAUCGAGCAAAGACUAGAGUACAGCCAUCUCCAGAUCAGUCAAAUGAAAACCCAAUUGGACGCACAGAAAGACCAGUUUGAGAGGGCCUUUCAGGUCCAGCAAGAACUGCUGAAACACAACCUAACAAAACUGAAGGAAGAAAUGGAUGAUCAGAUCAGUCAAAGUCAGGAUGCACAGGUGAAUCUCCAGUCUCUAACUGAAUUGGUUGAGGAGGUGAGACUUGGCCAGAAGAAGCUGGAAGGGGCACUGCAGAGAGAACGUGCCGAGUUUGUCAAUCCGAGCGGAGGCCAGCCAACACAGGAGUCAGGAGUGUGGGAGGCCAUCACUCGACUAGAUGAGAAGGCACAAAGUAACUCUGCGAAGCUCAGCAGCUUGUCUGAGACUUCUAAGGACUCUAAUGGAGCGGUCCGGGCUUUGCAAAGAGACCUACUGGACCUGGAACAGAGCCUAGAGGAGGUCAAACAACGAACUGAGGUCCACUUUGCAGAGACUGGUCUGGAGGUGGAGGCUACUCGUGUCAGGGUGCUCAACAGCGUUGGUGAGCUUACAGCUAACCUAAGUGCACACGAAGGUCAGUUGAGAGAAAUUGAGCUUGACCUGGACAACAUCUAUCAACAACUACAAAAAAAUUAUUCAGCAGUUGAAGAGCAGGCCUGUAGCUGCAAGUCGAUUGGCAGUUCACUAGCUAGGUUGGAGCUGGAGGUGGCUAAUGUGACACAGUUAGCCAAACAGAACCAACUUGCACUUGAGGAGACAGAUCUAGAAAGGAAUCAGGUCACCGAAAUGGAGGAUCUUCAUCAGGGCCUGCUGAACAUAAAGGAAUCAUUGGCCUUUGAGCAGGGCAGAAGCAGGAGUCUUCAAGACAGCAUGUCCCAGCUACAGGCUUCACUCCUUGACAGCCAGCAGGAGAUCCGAGGCCUGAGGCAGCGGGACAAAGACAAGUCGAAUGAAAUUCAAGGCCUAUCAGCCACCUUCUCUUCCCUCCUGAACGAUGCCAUACGCCACUCUGAAGUCCUGGAAGUGCUACUCGGAGAGGAGGUCCUGGAAUUCACACGCUGGUCACACAACCAAAAGAAAGACCUCAGUAUCCCAGAUCUUUUACAGAAAAUGGAUGUGAUGCAGCAAAAGAUUGAGACACAUGAUAGGAUUCUGGCCUCCCUUUGGAGAAAGCAUCCUGAUGGAGAUGAAAUGAAUAGCGAUGACCCAGUGGCAUACUUAGAGGGGACUGGUACAAAUAACCAGGUGAGGGGCCCUGAAAGUUACCAGUCCUCUUUACCAGACACUUCGACUGGAGAGGAGGAUGUGGAUUAUUCAGUCAGUGACUUCUGGAGUCUGGGAAAAGAGGUGGAGCAAUUAGCAGGUAGAAUAGCCAUGCUGGAAGAACGCUGUGGAAACUGCACUGCGCCACCUGGUGGUUCUGUUGUAGAACUGCAGGCAGAUAUAGCAUCCCUACGUCAGAACCUGGUGGAUCAUUUGAGAAUGUUUCGAAAACUGUUCAGUAAUACGGAAGAACUGAUCAGCUCGACCAGAAACCUGAAUCUAGAUGAAGUUUGGAGACUGGUGAGAAAAAAAGAAGGAAAGAGAAGAAGGGGGAGUCUAAAGCAAGAAGACCAGAUCAAAAAAGAAGAAAAGUCUUCCAGUGAGCGAAGCAAAAGAUACAGUGAAAGAGAACAUGCUUGGUUACCACAUUCCCCCGUGGUGUUCAUCACAACCCUGGACUACAAAAGAGGACCAAAUGGGGAGCUCACAUCGAAAAACGUAGCUGUGAACUAUGGUGGUACUUUUAAUCCUACAUCAGGGGUGUACCAGGCCCCUGAGACUGGAUUCUAUCUCUUUUUAGUGACCUUAGACUUUGAGAGAGGUCUUUCAUUGGCUGUAUUAAAGCGCAGCGGAGUUCCAGUGGCCUCUCUCAGACAGGAACAAGGGGAGAAAAUGGGACCAGUGAGCCGAGCCUCCCUGCUGGAACUUCAGCAAGGGGAGACAGUUACAUUAGAAUUGAUGCAUGGAUCAUUACGAAAAGCGCAGCCUGGGGACAACACACUGUCUGGACUAUUGCUCUUCAUUACAGAGCACAAGGACAUGGUGUGAAGAGAACUGGGUGAGUGACAGAAGCAUGGGAGGAUACGUCUGAGUCUGACGCACUGUGCGUCACUGCCAGACAUGCUGUAUUUUGUAUGCAUGAAGCCUCUUCUUGAAGGUGCAAAAAGUACUUGUUGAAAUAUUAUGUUUUGUAACUGAUUCUGGAAUAAUACUGAGAAACAUGGUAAGUUAAAGAAAUAAGGGGGAGACAGUUAUAUAACAGAAUUAUUUAGAUACCACCAGCCCUUCUGUUGAUCUUUAAAAUGUGGAGGAUCUAAUAAUAAGGCAAGGAAUACACAAAAAGUACUUGUUGAAAUAU